GUCCAAAGCGUCAAUCAAACGAGUCACUUUGUCGUCUGAUGCGACGGCAACUGGACAACACCCGGACCUGAGCGUGUGUGUACAAGUGUGUGUGUGUGUGUGUGUGUCCAGGAUGAGGGUGUGUGUGCUACUGUUGUGUGUGUGUUGUGUGUGUUGGAGGAGCGGCGCCCAGGACACAACGUACCUGAUAAGCGCCCCCUUGUGGUUGCGCGUGGACGCCUUGGAGACGGUGUUGCUGCAGUUGUUUGGUUUUUCCGAGGAAGUGAGGGUCUACGUGUUCUUGAAGACCUCCAUGGCUCCGGACCAUUUGGUUCUGGCCCACGAUGUGGUCACCCUUAACGCUCAGAACCACUACCAGACAACCGCCACGCUCCGGAUCUUUCCGAGUCAGCUGGACAAGACUGUGGAUCACGUGAUCCUCCACGUCCAAUCAGCACAGAUCAACAAGCACCUUUCGCUUCCUGUCAGCCGUUCCAACGGGUUCCUGUGGGUCCAGACGGACAAACCUCUGUACACGCCCCAGCAGAGUGUGAAGGUUCGAGCCUUCUCUCUCAACCAGGAGCUGCAUCCGGCCAAUCGAAGUGUCUUCCUCACCUUCAAGGAUCCAGAUCAUCAGACGGUGGAUGUGGUGGAGAUGCUGGACCUCAACAAUGGAAUACCUUCCAUGCAGAACCCCUUCAAGAUCCCCAUCAGACCAAAGUUGGGACUUUGGUCCAUUGAAGCCUCAUAUUCUGAUGACUUCACAACCAGAGCCAGCGCAGAUUUUGAGAUCCGAGAAUAUGUUCUUCCCAGUUUCUCCAUUGUGGUCCAGCCAGAGGCCAACUACAUCAGCUUUGGGAACUUCCAGAACUUCUGCUUCAGGGUGUCAGCCAGAUACAUUCACGGCGCUCCUGUUGCUCAGGCAGAGGUGUUUCUGCGCUUUGGCUUCAUUAGCAAGAAAGAACUUCCGGUCAUCGUCCCCAACUCAGUGACCCGAGAAACUUUGUCGUCCUCAGGCCACCUGGACAUGUGUGUCAACAUGGAGAAAGUUCUGUCCAAACACGAUGGACCCAAAGACCUGCACAGUCUUUUUGGGAAGUUCUUGUAUAUUGCUGUCCUGCUGCAGGAGCACUCGGGUGGCAUCAGCCAGGAGGAGGAGUUUUCCGCAGUGAAGUUCAUCAAAUCACCUUACAGUCUGAGUCUGGUGUCCACUCCGCUUUUCAUCAAACCCGGACUUCCUUACAACAUCCAGGUGCUCGUGAAAGACCACCUGGACAAGCCGGUGAACCGUGUACCCGUUCGUUUGGCGGAGCAACGAGUGUUCAGUCGAGAGCAAGACCUCAACAUCAGAAUCUGUUCCGACCCCACCCAGAGUGGAUCGGAUGGCCUCGCCAUCUUUGUCUGCAACACGCCCAAAGAGGGCAUCAAAGUCUCCUUGAGGUUUGAGACCGAAGACUCUGGUCUCCCGGCCACCAGUCAGGCAAGUCUGAGUCUGGAGGCCAAGGCAUACAACUCACCAAACCGCCGCUACCUGUACAUUGACACCUCGCUGUCAGGGCAAAGCCUGCAGGUGGGACAUUACGCCAACAUCAAGGUGUACUCAUCCACGCCAUCCUACGUUCCGGUCAAAGCGCUCAGCUUCCUGGUGCUAUCCAAAGGUAAGGUGGUGCAUUUCAGUAGCCAGGAGUUUGUUGCUAGUCGCGACCACAGACAAACUCUGAGCUUCGCGGUGACGAGCGCCAUGGUCCCGUCAAUCCGCCUGCUGGUCUACUACAUCCUGUACGGCGAGGGCACAUCUGAGUUGGUGGCCGACUCCGUGUGGCUGGAAGUCCGAGACACGUGUGUCGGUGGACUUAUGACGGAGUUGUCAUAUGGAGGGCGGGACCACAGGCCGAAGGACGACCUUCAGCUCGAUAUCAGGGCAAAUCAGCAGGGACUGGUGGCGCUUUCUGCUGUAGACUCCGCCCUCUUCAACCUGUACCCGAACUACAAAGACCCCGUAACCAUGGCACUGCGUCACAUCGAGCAAAGUGACCUGGGCUGCGGGGGAGGCGGCGGGAAGGACGCGGCGGACGUCUUCCGAAUGGCCGGCCUCACCUUCAUGACCAACGCCAACGCUCAGCCGCCAACCGACGGUGGGAAGUGCACGGCGGCUGUGCGAGCCACACGAGCGCUGACGGAAGAGAUGAAGCGCCAGAAAGCCAAAUCCUUUGGACCUCUGAAGGUGUGCUGCGAGGAGGGCAUGCAGUACUUCCCCAAGGGCGUCACUUGCCGCCGUUAUGCUCAGGCGAGGUUCAGACGCGUAGUCGGUCUUCUGCCUUGUCUGCAGAUAUUCACACAAUGCUGUGAAUACAACCAGAAGCACCUGGAUCUGGACCAGAAGCUCAUCCUGGGCCGACACGACAUGGGGGCUGACUUAGAUGCAGCGCCCUAUCUGGUCAGGAGUUUCUUUCCUGAGAGCUGGCUGUGGGAGGUUCAUCCCACCAGAGGACGUCCGCAGUCUCUGAUCAAGACACUUCCCGACUCGCUGACCACAUGGGAGCUCAAAGCCGUGGGAAUGUUCAAGAACGGUGAGACUCCGAGUGUCCUUGUUCCUUCUCCCUCCUUCAAAGCCAACUUGGAUCACUUUGCAGGCAUUUGCGUGUCCAAACCGGUCCAGGUGUCGGUCCAACUGCCAGUCAGCGUGGACGUGCCGCUGCCUUACCAGGUGGUACGAGGCGAGCAGCUGGAGCUGAGUGGUUCUGUUUACAACCAGAAGAAGGACGACAUCACGUACUGUGUCACCCUGAUGGUGGGACCGGACCUCUGUCUUCUCCAAUCCCAGCCGGACGUCUCAGGAGCGGGCUUUCAUUCCACCGCCUGCACCUGGCAGGAACUGCCAGCAGGAGGCGUGGGCAAGGUGGUCUUCACACUUCUGGGUCUGAAGGCAGGAGAACACAAGCUGACCUUUACCUUAAAGACCCGCCAGGGAGAAAGCGACAUCGUGGAGAAGACGCUCAGAGUAGUGCCUGAAGGUGUGAAGAUGGAGUCUUAUUCCGGGGGGAUAUUGGACCCGCAGGGAAUUUACGGCUCUGAGAAAACAACAGUAGUGCUGAAGAACCAGCCCCCAGCUAACAUGGUUCCCAACACAGCGGCGGAGAGAAUGGUGACCAUCAACGGGGAGAUUUUGGGAGAUGUCCUCUCCGUGGUCCUUAAACCCGACGGCCUACAAGAUCUCUUCAGCCUGCCUGGCGGAUCAUUGGAGGCGGAGCUCGGCAGACUCCUCCCACUGGCGCACGUGUACCAGUAUCUGGAGACUACCAGCAAGUGGGAUGUCAUGGGUGGAAACAUCCAAAAGAACUCAGACCACCUCAAACAGAAGAUGAAAGAAGGUCUGAUCAGCAUCAGUUCUUUCAGACGUGGAGACUCCAGUUACAGCAUGUGGACAAAGAGAGACGCUAGCACCUGGUUGACGGCAGCGGUGGUUGACACUCUGGCCACCGUAGAUCCCGUCAUCACCGUAGACCGCCAGGCUCUGUCAGAGUCUCUCUCCUGGCUAAUCCGCAACACUCAGAACCAGGACGGAUCUUUCUCUGACAAGUCGUCCUUCAGACCCAACAGCGUCAUGGCUGAGGGGGCGGAGCCUGGUGAGCGCUCGGUCUACCUCACGUCCUUCGUCCUCAUUGCGUUACAUCGAGCCACCAGAAUCCGUGAACGCGUCCUGCAGCUCAGAUUCCACGACGACAGCAUGAGGUCGGCCGCCGACUACAUUUCCCAGCAUGCCCUCAACCUCAAGAGUGUGUACGUGCGGGCCAUAGCCACCUAUGCCCUCACCCUGCAUGACCCCAACGCAGCGAUGAGCCUCACCCUAAUCGACAGCCUGGAGAACCUCGCUCAACAGAAAGGACACCCUGCCGUGCUCAGGUACUGGCAGGAGCAAAACGUGGCGUCUGAUUGGCUCAGGCCUGACCAAUCGAGCGGCCUCACGGUGGAGACGACAGCCUACGUCCUGCUGACUGUGCUGCUGAAGGGGAGGAUUCCAUACGCCAAUCCAAUCGUGUCCUGGCUGACUCAGGAUCAGCACUAUGGACAAGGCUUCUACUCCGUACAGGACACCGCCCUGACUUUGGAAGCGUUGACAAAGUACAGUAAGGUCAUCCCUCUAGCCGUCCUCAAUCUGGACAUCAACGUCCGCUACCGACACAAAGGAGCGCUCACUCGCGUUCAGCUCAGCCCGAGCCGACCUGUGGCCACACCCAUACAGGUGUUGAAGGACGAUGACAUCACCGUGUCUACGGGAUACGGGAGGGGUGUGUCACACGUCAAGAUGAAGACGGUCUACUACCAGACCACUCCCCCCUCCAGUAACUGUAACUUCGACAUAAGCAUAGAGAUGCUUGGCGCCGACGUCUCCGACAGUCCCAGCAUGCGUGCUCCACACCUGUCUGCCUGUGCCAGGUACAAGCCUCGUCCUAACGAGCUGGUAACAGAGUCCACCAUGACUGUGAUGAAGAUCCAGCUGCCGACAGGUGUGGAGGCGCACCUGGAGGACCUGCGACAGUUCAGAGACACCGUGGCGCCGAUCAUCUCGCACUACGAGCUUCAGGGAAACACUGUCAUCAUUCAGAUGGACUCUGUUCCGUCUGACAUCUUCUUGUGUGUUGGCUUUCGGAUCCGGACCAGGUUUAAGGUGGACGGAGCCAGCAAAUCCCUGCUGAGUGUGUUUGAGCCUCAGGACAAGGGAAGUUUGUGCAGCAAACACUUUUCCUACCAAGAGCAGAAGCUGCAGCGCCUCUGUGUGGCCGAUCAGUGCCAGUGCAUGACAGCCACCUGUGCCGCCUUCAGAGGAACUUCGGACCUGAGCUUGACGGCCGCCAGACGACAAGAGGAAACGUGCCGGCGUCACAUCAAAUACGCUUACAAGGUGGCCGUCACCUCUCUGGACGCGGAAGGAGACUUUGUGGCCUUCAACGCCACGGUGGUGGAAGUCCUGAAGAACACGGACGCAGACUUUGAGGCGGUGGGCGUGGGCACGGAGGUGGAGCUGAUCAAGAAGGUCACCUGCGGCUCAGUGGAUGUCCAGAACCACCAGAGGUACCUGGUGAUGGGAUCCAGCGGGUCUCGGGUCAAGCUGGGCCACGCCGCCAAGUACCGCCUGCCCCUGGACUCGGACGCCACGGUGGAACCCUGGCCCGGCGACUGCACCACACCUGCCUGCGUGGAACACCUGAGCCACCUGGACGCCUUCGCCCUGGACCUGCAGUUGUUCAGCUGUCCUUCUCAGUAGCAACAGCAGCCAUCACACAGAUAUUGGGUGUCACCAUGUAAAGCGCUUUGAGGCACUAGAGAAAAGUGCUAUAUAAAUAUAAUUCAUGCCCACCUCACAAAAACAUGAUGCCCGCUUGAGCUAAUGAUCGUCCGUCACCAAUAUUAUUAUCACCGUGAAUAGUUGCUACACGUCCUAAGAAAGCCCCUGCCACUGUCGCCACGGUAACACGCACCUCGCCGCCAUCGUGCGACGACGUGGACGUCAUCCCUCAAGAGUGGCGGCCGAAUGCUGUUGAAAGAAAAGACAUUUUAGCGUUUGGCUUUGAAUCCGCUGAGGGGAAAGAAGAAGAGAAAAACAAAUGUCACAUUUUGGACCAA